CGUCUGCAGACUUGGGAUGUGAUCUGAAGCAGUCCUCUGAGGCGCAGCAGGCACCGCCGAGGCGCGUAAAAGUCCCCCGAAACCCUCAGCUGCAGCGGACUUUCCUCCAGGAUGCUCGCGCGUUCCUGGAGUGUUCGCCCCGCGCUCCGGAUUAAAGCAUGCCAGGAUUUCCGCGGGAAUAACUAGAAAAAACAGGAACUUGUUGGAGCUCGGCUGUGGAGUCCAGAAUGGCACCAUUACCUGCUGCGCUGCUUGUUGCGUUUUUGGUUUGGGCUGAAGGCUCCUCUCGUCAUUACGCUGACGGCCACCCCAGCCGCCAAAGCUUUGGCGGAUCCGUUAAUGACUCUCAGUGCCAGCACAUGUUGAAGCACCUUCACAAUGGAGCUAAAAUCACCGUUCAGAUGCCCCCCAUCGUCGAGGGCCACUGGGUGUCCACAAGCUGUGAGGUGAGAUCUGGGCCGGAGUUCCUGACCCGUUCCUACAGGUUCUACCCCAACAACACCUUCACCGCGCAGCAGUUCUACUACCAGGACAACCACUGCACCAGACCCAAAUACACGCUGGUGAUCCACGGCCGGCUGCGCCUCCGCCAGACCUCCUGGAUCAUCCAAGGGACCACGAGGGCCGAGUACCACCUCCACCAGGUCCAGAUAGUGUGUCACACAGCCACGGUGGCCAAAGAGCUGAGCCAGAGGCUCAACCGCAGCUGCAGAGGCGCCGUGAGGGGCCCCUGGGAGCCCAAUGUGAUGUACAAGCUGUCGAGCGAGGAGGAGGGGAGCUUCAACUGCUCCAGAGAGCUGAACUUUGCCAUGCAUGAGCUGCAGCUUCUGAGGCUGGAGAAGCACUACCUGCACCACAACCUGGAUCACCUGGUGGAGGAACUUUUUCUGGGGGACAUCCACACCGACCCAUCGCAGAGGCUCUACUACAAACCCUCCACCUACCAGACGCCGUUACAGAACGCCAAGAACCACGACCACAGCUGCAUCGCCUGCCGCAUCAUCUACCGCUCCGACGAGUUCCACCCCCCCAUCCUGCCGCCGCGGGCCGACCAGACGGUGGGCUUGUACGGUCAGUGGGUGAGCCAGCGCUGCGAGAUCCGGCCCGAGAUCCUGUUCCUCACCCGCCACUUCAUCUUCCACGACAACAACCACACCUGGGAGGGCUACUACUACCACUACUCUGACCCCCUCUGCAAACACCCCAUCUUCAACAUCUACGCCCGCGGACGCUACAGCCGGGGGCUGCACUCCACCCGUGUUCCUGGCGGGACGGAUUUUGUCUUUAAAGUGAACCACAUGACGGUGACCCCCAUGGACAUGUCCACCACCACCCUUCUCAACGUCUUCAGCAACAAUGAGUGUGGGCUGUCGGGCUCCUGGCAGAUCGAGGUGGAGCAGGACGUCACCCCGACCAACGGCUGCUUGGCGUUGGGCAUCCGGCUGCCCCACACAGAGUACGAGCUCUUCCGGAUGGAGCAGGACGUCCACGGACGCUACCUGCUCUACAACGGCCAGCGCCCCACUGACGGCUCCAGCCCGGACCGCCCAGAGAAGCGGGUGACUUCCUACCAGAUGCCGCUGGUCCAGUGCUCAUCGAGCAGCCAGAGAUGGGAGCGCAGAGACGGCGCGGCGAGCGGGUCUCUGCAGCAUCGCAGCGACGGCUCGGGGUGGCACGGCGGCUGCAGCGCCCGCCUGCUGGCCCUCACCGUCACAGCUGGGCUGCUGUUCUGGUGGACUUAGACUUGCAUGGUGGGUUUCUAUGAACAGAAGUGAUCUGAUAAACUGCUGCUCUGCAGGAACUGCACUUUAGAGUGGAAGUGAAUCCACAGAUGUUGGAGAGAUGUCUACACCCACACAGACUUCUGCUGCAGCCUUUGUGUGAAAGAAACAUGUUAUUGACAGAGAUCUUCUCAUCUGGAGGUAGAACUAAACAUUUGAGAUGCUGGACAGAAGCUGCAGUCCUUUUUGAAGAGUUUUCAUGUUUAUUCUUUGAGUCUGUACUGCAGGUGUGAUUCUUCAGGUAAAGACACUACAGUACAAAUGAGAGGAGCGUGCUCCUCACUUCUAGGUGCUCCAUGUCAUGUUCUUCUGACAUCACCGGCUCAGGAUCCACUACAUGCACUUCCUGUCAACAGAGUCACAACUUCAGUGAUGCCAAAAAUUAAAGCUUCACAUGCCAACAGUCUGGUUAA